CCGAGAGAAAGAGAGAGAGAGAGAGAAUACAGAGAAGAAGAAGAAGAAGAAGAAGAAGAAGAAGAAGAAGAAGAAGAAGAAGAAGAAGAAGAAGAAGAAGAAGAAGAAGAAGAGAAGAGAUGGCUUCAUUCAUCGACAUGUCAAGGGUUCCAUUCAUCCCUGGGAGGUUGCACGCGACGAACCAUCCGUACCAGAGAUACGGUCCGAAGGGUUUCAUGGAGAUCAAGGUCCUUCGCAACGACAGCCUCUACGUCCGCGUCGACUUGCCCGGAGUCCCAGACGACGCUGUCCGCCACAGAGUCGACGCCGUGAGACAAAAGCUCGUCUUUUUCUCCGGCGAAGAAACUCACCGCGACGGCCUCAAGGCUAAGGACGUUCGUGAGUACUCUGGUUCCGCCGGUCUCGGGUGCGACUGCUGCGAGAUCACCGGGGUUGAUACCAAGAUGAAAGAUGGAGUCUUGAGGAUGAUUGUGUCAAGGGUCAAAGUCAAAGACCACGACAACAAGUGCACUCACUUUGUGCCUCCCAACGCAGGCAAAUCUGGAAGAUACGAUUACCAGCGAUCAUCUGAUCCAAGAUACAUAUACGAUUUGAGUUCAUUCAACAUGGAUGAUAUACUGGAGGAUCAUCCCUUUGUGGUGAAAGGCCGCCGCAAGGAUGUAGUCGCUCGCAAGCGAACGUCUGACGGAUCUUUCCACUUCUCGGUGGAUAUGCCAGGUGUUUGCAGUGACGACAUGUUCGUGCUUCCCAACGAGAACGAGAUCAAGUUCUACGGCGAGAACAAGGAGGUUUACGAGCACGACGAGAGUUGCCGCAUUUUCGUUGGAGCCGUCGACAAGACAUGCUGUUGUUCCUAUGGGAUUCCUCUUUUGAGCCACGACAUUGCUUGGGAUGCAGAGUUUGGUGUUCUCAAAGUCCGUGUUUCACCUCCUCCUCCUCCUCGCAACAGCAACAGUGAGUAAUCAUAUCAUAUCACUCUAUCCGCUACGUUUUUCAUUUCACUGUUUUUUAAUGUUUUCUGAGACCUUAUUUAUGGAUUGAACUAUGUUGUGUGUUUUUGUUUGAGACUAUUGUUUAUGUGCUUUUGUGUUU